GUCGAAAGGCAUUGUGGUUCUUGUAGUCCAAAACGUGUAUUGCAGCACGUGCAUGACAUUAAACUGUCUUCUUCUUCGCUGCACAGUUAUGGCAUUCAGUUUUAAUUUCAGUAUUCCGUUGCAGACUAAGGAGAACUGUGGCGACGACAGUCGAGAUGAUAGAAAAAGAAAAUGUAGAUGUUCUGAAGAACCAGAGCAAGCUUGAGGCCAGUGAAUCUGUCCAUAAGAAGCUAAAGGAAGCAGUAGAGCACAAGCCCACGCCGGAUUUUCUUUCCCACUCUGAGAGCUCGGUCACAGAGACGGUCAGCAUAGGCACAUUACCGCCCCUCCAUUACCUCAACGAAUCUGUGUUUGAGCAAACUGCCCCUGAGCGUGAUGACGGUGAGCACAUAUUGUUUCAGACUGUGACCCAGAAUACAGACCUGAUAACGGGGGUGUAUGAGGGGGGCCUGAAAAUCUGGGAAUGCACCUAUGAUCUGCUGGAGUACAUUGACGAUGAAGGAGAGACGUUCUCUGAAAAAAGAGUCCUGGACUUGGGCUGUGGAGCUGGACUACUUGGCAUUCUGGCAUUAAAGAGAGGAGCCAGUAAGGUCCACUUCCAGGACUACAACAGUACUGUGAUAGAACAGUUAACAAUGCCCAAUGUGUUCCUCAAUUGUGAGGAGGAGAGUGAUGAUGAAGAACAGGGAAAAAAAGAUGGAAGCCCCCCAACUAAGAAAAGAACCUUGGAUUCUUCCCGUCGUUCACUCUCAGAUCGCUGCAGUUUCUUAUCUGGGGACUGGACUUCCUAUCUCUCACUGAUGCAGAGUAAAGACUCCACACUGAAAUAUGACAUCAUCUUCACAUCUGAGACCAUCUACAAUACAGACUACUACCCUUCUCUUCAUAAUGUAUUUCAUGAACUGCUUGCGGAGGAUGGAGUUGUCUAUUUGGCAACAAAGUCUCAUUAUUUUGGGGUUGGGGGUGGACUUUAUUUGUUUCAGAAGUUUGUGGAGGAUAAAGAUGUGUUCCAGAUCAAAUCUUUAAAAGACAUCGAUCAGGGCCUUAAAAGACAUAUUGUUUCUUUGACCUUCAAGAAAUCACACUCAUAGCUUUUUUCCUAUGGUAGGAAUGGAAUGAGCUCUCAUCUGUAUAGACAUUUUUGCUACAUGCUUGAGCGUCAGACGUACAUUUAGAAGAUUUGUAUGUGUCUGUAUGGAAACAUUUUGUAAGGGCACUAACCUAAUUUGGGAGAACUUCUCUUGAUGCAGUAUUGGCCAAGCAGCUAUUGAACCUAUAUUAAAAUGAUUUAUUUUAUCAGACUUGUGUGUUAUGCCCCAAAAAAGCAUCCACUUGCUGUAGCACUCGGUGUUACCACUUCAACAAAGGAUCACAUCAUCUCUUGAAUUGUUGCAUGGGUUUAAAGAUUUUAUUCAUCCUCUCAGUUUACACAGUUUGACAACAAUACAUAUGAUACAUGAUGUGCAGAGCACUUCGGCUGACUCCCUUGCUGUAGCAUGGCAUAACCGUCAUUAACUAUAUUGGGGAUCUAAGUACCUUGUCUUCACUCCCUUUAAAUGUUCUCAGAGCCCAAAUAAAAGAGAUUUGUCUAAACACAUG